CAUUCAGGUUUUGGAAGGGGGAAAAAAAUCUUUCACUGAUGUAAAACACGGUUUGAACUCAUGCAGACCUUUAACAGGAAGCGCUGAUUGUUUUAUCUGAUGUCACAUUGUUCUCACGAAACUUCGCUGGGAGAUGUGUCUGGCGAGGGAGGUGUCGUCCUGUCAGUGGAGGAGGAAGUGCAUAAUGAAAGCCUGUAAUGUGACUGGUUAAGAAGGCACGUGAUUGGGACGAGUGCACGUGUGGGGCGAUGUUUGGAGGGCUGGAACAACAAUCAGCGAUUGAUUUCCCGGGUAUCUGGAGGGACCGGCAUUGGCCGCGUGCUGAAGAAAAUCGACAGCAGGCUUCGUGGAAUCGGAGGAUAAGACCAUUGGACGAGCAGCCAGUGCCGACACUAAGCAGGGGAGUAGCGUGCAGCCCGCUGUCGGUCGCCAUGAACGGGUCGUCCAACUCGAGCCUCGAUUCCAGUGCGGCGCGCGCGAAGGCCGGUGACGUCAUGCCGCUUCCGGCGUGGGCGCGCGCAUACGUAUAUGGGAUUCAAGGGUUCGUGUACGAGGUGGUCUUUACGGCUCUCUUUGAUUUUCUCUUCGAACCUUCGGGGAACCCCACGCUGCGAGGCUGCAGUACUGUUGCAUCCUUCUUCAUUUACGGGCUGUGUGGGAUGCUGUGUGAGCAGGCGAUAUUUCUGUACUGUCGAAGGCGUGGCUACUCCAUGGUCUACCGUUUACCCCUCUACGUGCUGACGAUAUACACCUGGGAGUUCACCUGUGGUCUGCUUCUCCGCCUGAUAAAUGCAUGCUCUUGGGACUACAGUCACUACCCUCUCAACUUCAUGGGCCUCGUCACGCUGACUUACGCCCCCUUAUGGGUAGUGCUUUGUCUUUUUCACGACAUGCUCUACCAAUACAUCUACAGACUCCACAUACACAAUAAGGAUAUCACAUUUAAGACAUUGUGACAUUGUGAUUUGUUUUUUGUUUGUUUGGGGGCGUGGAGGAGGCCUGAGAGAGGUGGGUGGGAGGUAACAGGAGGUCAUUUUUAGAUGUGGAUGCUGAGACUGAUUCUGGAUAUAGGUCAGUAUAUAUUUGGAUCAAGUUUUUCUUAGUGUUCCAGAAUUAUUCGGGAGCUGUAAUGUAAGGAAAUAGCACCGACAGCGUUUUGCCCUUGGGUAGUAUUAUUUUUCUUGCACUGCCAUGUUUACUAUGCACCUCUAAAAUAUUUAGAAUAUUUAUGAAGUGUGUGGGGCCUCCUCGUGGAACGAAUUUUAUUCCGUUCUACGGAUCAUGUGACCAGUACAACAACUUUUGCUUGUCUUUCAUUGCAUAUUUUUUUUCAUAUUCAUUUUAAAUGUCCUUUAAACAAAUUUAUCGGAGAAGAUGUUACAUUUUGUCAUCGUAAAUAAGAGAUUUGUUUUGAGAAGGUAUUUUUUAAGCACCUUCCUUUUUUGUUUUGGGAAUCACAUGCUUUCAAUUAGACGCAAUUAUGUGCUAUUUUUAUCUCAUGGUAAUUUAAAACAUAAUCGUGUUCAAGUAGUGUUGUUAUCAAACAGCCUUGUUGCAGAUGUAUCAUUAGAUAUUUUUUUUAAAAAAGUAAUUAAGUUCCUAAAGCAAGAUAUCGUUAAAUGGUUGUUACCACAAAGCGGUCUUUACAGUUAAGGUCAAUCUUAACCGGGCAUUUGUCGAGAUGUCAAACUUCUGGGGCCGGAGUCACCCCUAACCUUUUCAGGUCGUUUCGGUGAAAGGUGUUAGAGACCCUCAGACCUCACUUUUUUCGGGGCCAUUUGUAAGCGAGGGCAGUGCCCAUCUCCUCUCCCUUACCUUCCCCAACCAUGGAGUCAGGUACCCCGUUUAUGCUUUUCCGUUGCCAACGAUUAACUUUGCUCUUAUCAUUGCUGGUCUUCAUAUGGAUUCAAAAUGUCUGUCAGUCUGUUGGUGAGAUAUUGAAGUUUUAGGUUAGUAUCUGCUAACAGAUCUUUGUCGUGUGCAAAGGCGUCAAGCGUAGGCCGAUGGAAAUGGAAGUGUGAUGGUCGUGGAGGGUUUAGGACAUUUUGUCCUCCAAGAAGAUGCUAAACAACGUAGAUGAUAGGGGGCGCCUUUGAUUUGCGCCUACUGUUGACCAAAACUCCAAUGUUCCGAUCGAUUGUGCCAGAACCAUCAGUUUCCUGUGACCUUCCCACGCAGCUCUGCUAAACAUGGUUAAACGCUGGAUGACAUUUGCCUGGUUAAGAAUGGCCUGAAGACUGUUAUUACAUGGUCUCAAUCACGGUCGAUAAAAUGGUGAUACUACAUUUCCAUAUUUAAAUUAUUUCGUUUGCCGAACGUCUUUCACAAAAAAGAAGAUUAAAGAUUUGAGACAUGCCUGUUUGUGUGUGUUCGACUGUUUCUAAUCAGUUUUGUUGGCAUAGUUUUCUAAAACGCUUCCCGAGAGCUCUGUGGACAUUAUGUAGAAAACAGUGUCCGGCUCGCUCGCCAAGGGUUUGCUGUUCCUGAAUUACGCCAGAUUAUCUAUUAUUAUCUGAAUUUUCUUUAAAAUUAAGAUUGAUUUUUAUUUUCUUUUAAUUGAGCUCUUCUGAUGGCAGAAAAAAAGGGAUAAUUUCCAGAGGUGAUGUGAGCUUAAAAUAUUUACACUCAUGAACUAUCUUUCAUUGACUGACCGACUUUCAAACCUCCUAUGUGCACUCAAGCGGAUGUAUGCAUGCAUGCUAUAACUGAUUAAAGACUGCUUAUUUUGUUGUUUAUAUUUCCACGAUUGCAACCUGCUUUUAA